GAGAGAGAGAGAGAGAGAGAGAGAGAGUGUUCACUUCCUGGUCAUGUGAGAGGGGAAUCAGUCCGCUGUAUCCCGGUCUAGCUGCUCCUUACCGCUAACACCAGGGCAGAAAAUCCGCUCUCUCCCCGGUUUGUUUACCUUUAACCGUCCUAUAAACGGAACAUUCGACCCACAAGGACAACAAACUACAGUUUUUCUCUUCUCCUGAUUUCUGGAUCGUUCGCCGUGCACGUGGGCCAGAAGAGAUUCUGUUUUCCGUCUGUUUUUUCCAACGCAACAAGCAGAAAGCAAUCUCAAAGAGAGGACAGUGGAUUCAAUGAGGGAGCCAGAGAGGGAGGAGCAGACUGACGCCAGCAUGCCUCCCAAAUUCAAGCGGCACCUGAACGACGACGAGGUCACCGGCUCCGUGCGCAGUGAGAGGAGAAACUUACUGGAAGAAGACUCUGAUGAGGAGGAAGACUUCUUCUUAAGAGGACCAACUGGACCCAGGUUUGGCCCCCAGAAUGACAAAAUCAGACAGGUGCAGUCUCAGGUCGAUGAGGUCAUUGAUGUGAUGCAGGAGAACAUCUCGAAGGUGAUUGAACGUGGAGAACGUCUAGAAGACCUGCAGGAUAAAUCUGAGAGCCUGUCAGACAAUGCGUCUGCGUUCAGCAGCCGGGCCAAACAGCUACACCGGAGGAUGUGGUGGCGGGACAUAAAGAUGAAGAUGGUCGUGGCAUUAGUGAUAGUCGUAUUGCUGCUUAUUAUAAUUAUCCCUGUGAUACUGCGGUAUCAUUAGUUUCCUGCAUGGAGGUUGGAGGCUUCAUCUGCUCUUCCUCCAUCCUCCUCUUCCUCCUUUGCCAUUCCUCCACACAAGAAUGGGGUGCUGCAAGACCCAGUGAACUCUCACUGAAGCUUCAGCAGGAUCAUCUACAACAUCGGUGCAGGGCAGAGCGUGUAUGCGUACGUGUGGGCUUUGAUUAAGUCGACACGCCAUUGCAAGUCGUCCACCUUACAUCCACACCCUACUGUAUCCUCCUCAUGCAGUAAAUGUAUAUACAUAGUAGUGUUUCUAAACUUAGAAUCAGUCUUAGUCUUAAGGUUUAUAUCCGACUUUAUUAUUAUACUGUUGUCUGACAAAACAAAGACCUCAACCAUUCCUCCCAUGCUUACCAGCACGCACGCACGCACACUGUUAUCAUCCCCCCAACCCCACCCCACAUUAGUGGAAUUAGGUCACCAUGCAGGAGAGGACGCCUUCACUCUGUACUGUUGAUAUGUACAAGUUAUUAGAGUUAAUCCAAGAGAAAAAGAGAUGCCUUUAAAUAUCAGCUUCUAUAAUCAUUUUCUCUAAAAGUAAAUACUUUUCAGUUACUUGGCAGGUGUUAAAAAAAAAAAAAAAAAGUUAAAUGAUCACGGCUAAUUGUGGUGAGUUUUAGUGUUUUGGUUUUCACUGAGCACUUCUUAUAGAGGUUUAAGUAUAAAUUAUCAGCUGUGUUCAUAAUAAUUUGGCAAGUUCGACUUUGACGGGUUCGCUGCUUUUAUGAGCUUCAUUAAGGCCAUACAAGCCUGAAUACUCAUCUAAUUACUCUUACAGCAAUGAGGUGAUGAAACGAGUGGAAAUUCUGAUCUGUAGCUUAAUUAAAAAAUUUAAAUUGUAUACUCCAAAUGUAAAGCUGGCAAAAAAAAAAAAAACUGCCUUGCACUGAAUAUAUCAUAUAAAGUAGGACUAGAAUGAACUGCAGUGUUUUUUGGACAGAACGUAUGGAAACGAUAUGCUUGUUACCUGCUCAUGGAAGAGUUUAGAAGGGACGCACGUGCCCGAGUGUUUGCAUUAUUACCGCUGAAAGUUGGUUGGAUGAGUAAUCAGAGUCGUUUGGCCUAUAGGCGAGUUGCUCCUGAUGGUUUCAUUGUUAACAGGAAGUAACAUGGAGACAUCUGUAAAUUUGUAUCGCUUUAAUGAUGUACUAUUCUUUUGUAUUUAAUUUAUAUGUAAAUAUCCAUUCCUUAAACAAGGGGAUUGCGUUGAACUGUGAACUACUUUUGCGUUUUGAAAUAAACUGGUUUUAAAGCGA